AUGGCCGCCACUUCGAUCCAAGACCGGACGUCCGAGUUCAAGUCGGUCCUCGCACUCGCGCAGCGCAAGCAAAAUGCGAACAAGAUGGGCGCCCAACGGCGCUCGCUACUGACCGACUCGCAAAAGGCGGCCGCUAAUGGCGACGCGCAACCUCGACGAUCCGACUUCGCCAAGAAGGCGGCCGAGAUUGGCCGCGGCAUCUCAUCGACCAUGGGCAAACUGGAGAAGCUCGCGCAACUGGCCAAGCGACGAACGCUAUUCGACGACCGCCCGGUCGAAAUCAACGAACUCACCUUUGUUAUCAAGCAGGACCUUUCGUCUCUGAACCAGCAGAUCGGCGCGCUCUCCAUGAUGUCAAAACAGCAGCACCCUAAGGGGGCCGACCAGGAGGGAGAGCACAACAAAAAUGUCGUCUACCUGCUGCAAGGCAAGCUAACCGAUGUGUCGGUCAACUUCAAGGACGUGCUGGAGGCGCGCACCAAGAACAUCCAAGCAUCGCGCUCACGCACCGAAAACUUCAUCUCCAACGUGUCGCAGCACGCGCAGCCGUCACUGCAGCAGUCGGCGUCGCCGCUGUACGGUACACCGAACCGCACGUCGCCGGCGCCGGGGGCCGACACGCUCUCGCUCAACCCCGUCAGCCACAACCAGAUGCUCAUGAUGGAGGAGGCGCAGCCGGCCAACACGUACAUCCAGCAGCGCGGCGAGGCCAUCGAGGCCAUCGAGAAGACGAUUGGCGAGCUCGGCAGCAUCUUUGGCCAGCUGGCGACCAUGGUGUCGGAGCAAAGCGAGAUGAUCCAGCGGAUAGAUGCCAACACUGAGGACGUGGUGGAUAAUGUCGACGGUGCGCAGCGCGAGCUGCUCAAGUACUGGUCGAGGGUGUCGGGCAACCGCUGGCUAAUAGCCAAGAUGUUUGGCGUACUGAUGAUUUUCUUCCUGCUAUGGGUGUUGGUAUCGGGCUAG